UUUCUGUACUGAGCUCGUAAACGUUCAUUCUCGAUAGUUUGAGUAUGAGAACCCCGCCUUUUAUUUUUGGCGGCUCUUACUUUAAUAUAAUAAGGGCAAUUGCAUUUACAAUUUGUCUGAAAGUUGUUUUCGAGGGAAAAAUUUUAAUAAAAUUGGCAGUGAUUUCUUUGGUGGCAUUGAGUGUUAAUGUUGGCAAAAGAGCAGACACUUUCAAAAGUGUCAAUAUUUAUUUUGAUUUCUAG